UUCCCGUCAACAUUGCCUCGUUGUCCCGUUGUGAAAGCUCCAGCCUCUCCCCUCCAUCCUCAGCUGCUGAAGCCCCCGCCGGUGAGGGGAACCCGGAUCUGGGACUCGGACGGUCCCCGGUGAUCCUCACACGCAACAUCCGAACCGUGGACCAGGAAAUAUCUUUUAUUUUUCAUUUUUCCGUGUUCGUGUCGGUUUGUAACGGUGAGAGACGGACUACUGCAGCGGGGGGAGAUGCUGUCAUGCAGAGACGUCAUUGAUUUAAAAGGCAACAAAAAAACACAGCAGUGACAUUAACUGGGGAUCGUUUUAUUUAUAUAUUUAUUUUAUCACCGAGAGGCAGGAACCGAACCCGGAUCGACGUGACAGUAGCCUGCAUGUCUGCCGAGAAACACCGAGGAAGUGAGAAUGUAACCCAUGACAGAGAUUCACCCACAUCCGUUCUGCCUGGAAGUCUUCUUCACUGAAUCAACGCUGUCAUGUCAGCGUGAUCCCACGAGAUUUUUUAUUUUUUUUUCUUAAUCAGAAAAACUAGACGGAUGCUCCGAACAGUCUUUAUGAAUAAUCUAAAUUAUUUAGGUGCAUAAUCAGUUCCUAAAAUCUGAAUUCCUGCAAAGAAAUCAAUUUGAUUUAAACCUUUAAGAAAGGAUUUAACAAAUGUGAGAUUGACACAGGGAAUGUAAACAAUCUCUCAGUACAAGGUCUAUUUAGUAGCUGUGCUGGACCUUUUAAUCCCAUCCCACGAUCUUCAUCAGCAGAUGGAGAUUUUUUUGAAUCGGAAAAAAAAACUAGACGUGAUGCUCCCAACAGUUUUGGGAUUUAUUUGAAUUUUUUCAUGCAGAGCAUCAGGUUAUUAUAAAAUCUCACUUUCUGCAAAAAAAAAUUUGAUUCAUUUUGAUUUAAUCUUCAAUGAAUGAUAGGCAAGUUUGAGAUUGAAAGUUCAGUCUUGACCUGGAAAAAAAAGUAGCCUAAGGUCUAUUUAGUAGCUGUGCUGGAGCUUUUAAUCACAUCCCAUGAUCUUCCUCAGCAGUUCAAGUUUAAUUACUUGACACUGGAACAGGAAGGACGGAGGCUGAAUAGGGACAAAAACACAUCGAAGCGACAAAAGGAAUUGACUUGCUCUUAAAGCGCUGAUAUAAUAUAUCAUAUUAUUCGUCAGUUCGCUGCUACACGCUGUUGUGAUGCUGGAUGUGGUGAAGAUGAAAGAGGCGUGCAGGAUCUGCGCCCGCGAGCUCUGCGGCAACCAGCGGCGCUGGAUUUUCCACCCGGCGGCCAAGCUCAACCUGCAGGUGCUGCUGUCCCACGCCCUGGGCCACGAGCUGACCCGGGACGGCCGCGGGGAGUUCGCCUGCUCCAAGUGCGCCUUCAUGCUGGACCGCAUGUACCGCUUCGACACGGUCAUCGCCCGCGUGGAGGCGCUGUCUCUGGAGCGCCUCCAGAAGCUGCUGCUGGAGAAGGACCGGCUGAGGCAGUGUAUCGGAGGCCUUUACCGGAAGAACAACGCCGAGGAUGGGAACGUCGUGGCGGUCGUUGGCACCGACGUGGCGUCCGAAGACUCUCCUGUGGUGGAUCUGUCAGCCCUGCAGGAUGGACGGUACUCCGUUAUGAUCCAGGAUGAUCUGACCUACUCCGAGUACGAAUCCUGGGCUGAUAAGGAGGACGCCGCCACUCCUGACGCCCACACGCAUCACCACCUCCAGUGCCCAGCGGCAGACUCCGUCUCUGGCCAGAAGCCGAGGCGGUGCAGGGGUUGCGCGGCGCUCCGUGUUGCUGAUUCGGACUACGAGGCCGUGUGCAAGGUUCCUCGCAGGGUCGGGCGCAGGAGCACAUCCUGCGGCCCGUCCACCCGCUACUCAACAGCCACUCCGGGGGUCGAGGAGCCGGCCACAGCCCCCGGAGGGUCUGAGGCAACAGCAGUCGCCUUUGAGUCCACUGAUCAGACCGCGUGUGACCGGACGAGUCCCAGCCCGGCAUCGUCCGUAGAAUCUCUGGACACCGCCGUGGACGUGAGCUGCCUUCCUGUGAACCAGAAAGACAAGGAAGAAGAUCCACAGGAGGCUCCAGCGAGAAGGGACAUGACAUGGGACAAAGACCCAAGCGAGAGCUCCGUCUCUGGGCUUGAGAUGACGCUGAGCCUCCUGAGGGGCUGGGUGUACCGGCCGGUGAAGCCGCGGAGAGGCAGCAAGCUCCCAGUUCUGGUCAAAGCCAAGCUGGAGCAAGGCCUGUCGCUGUCCCUGUCCGUCCCCCACCUGAGGUCCCCCUGUACAGGGGCAGCGGACUGUGAGCUGUACCACCACCAGUCUGUCCCGGAGGUGGUGACCCCGUGUCCGCAGCAGGAUCUGCAGGCGGAGCUGGCCGAGAUGGAGGAGCAGUGGCUGGAUGAUUAUGUUCAGUGCAGGCCGUUCCGCUUUCAGCAGAGGCUGAUUGCCGAGCAGCAGGGUCAGCUCAGCCAGUACGAGAGCGCUGCGGGUCAGUGUGUCGGCGAGCUGCAGAAGGCCCAGGACCAGGUCUGCUCGCUCCAGGCCAAGAUCAGAGAGAGCGAGACCAGGAACCAGAAGCUGCAGGAGCGUCUGGGUGCGAUGGAGUUGGAGCUGCGUUCGGCCCGAGAGGAAGCCCAGCGACAGGAGAGAAGCAUCCAGAACAUAACGGACACCGCUAACUCCAAGGAGGCCGAGGCUGCGGAGCUGUAUCGGGCGAUUGAGGAACAGAAUAAGAUGCUGUGUUCUCUCAAAGAGCUCGCCCAGCGCGGCCAGCUGCAGGUGUCCGGUGCAGACAGUGCUCGGGGUCAGGGUGAGGUGCUGGCUCUGCAGGCCUCUCUCUUCCAGGCUCAGCUCGAGCUGCAGGCGGGUCAGCGGGCGCAGCGGCAGGCCGCCAGGAUGCAGGAGGACCUGAGCCGAGCCCUGCAGCGGCUGGAGCAAGACCUGCAUGGGGCGCUGCAGCACCGGAGGGACACGGAGAGACACAACCAGGAUCUGCAGCUGGCUCUGGAGAAGGCUCGAUCGGCUCUGCAGGAGAGGGAGGAGCAGCUGAGAGAGGGCGACGGCGAGCGCCAGAGGCAGGACGCGGCGAGAGAGAAGACGGUCCGAGAGCUGAGGGCGGCGCUGCAGACCAAAGAGCAGCUGAUGGAGGACUACUGUCAGCUGCUGGAGGAUCCAAAGGAGGAGAGAGACUCUCUGCUUCAGAAACUCCACCAGAGAAUCAAGGAGAGAGACCGAGCUCUGGAGCGAGCGCUGGACGACAAGUACCGCAGCGUGGAGGAGAAAGAGGAGGCGACUCGUCGGCUGCAGCUGCUGCUCAGAGAGCGGGAGAGAGACCUGGAGAGGCAGCGCUGCGUCCUCGCCAACAACGAGGAGACCAUCACUAGCCUGGAGGUGCUGCUGCGCGGGAAGGCUCUGGAGCUGGAGCAGGUGUGCGACGCCUGGAGGAGCGUCCAGCGUCAGCAUCACGAGAGCGAACGGAGACAGAGCGGCGUCCUGAGAGAGAGAGACGCCAUCAUCAGCCAGCUGCAGGCGGCGCUGCACGCUCGCACGCAGGAGGCCCAGGAGCUGCGCUGCUCCCUGCUGGCUCCGAUCCAAUCAGUUCCCAACGACGUUCUGGAGGAGCUGAAGGCCCGCCUCCAGCUCAAGGACCGCCUCUUCCAGGAAGUACUGGCCGACCGCACCCAGCAAGCCCAGCAGCACCACGAGCAGGUCCAGGAUCUGCUCAGAACCAUCAGCUCCAGGGACCAGUACAUCCAGGAGUCUGCGGGCCGGCUCAGUGAGGUGAUGGGCGAGCAGACGGGGAGGCUCCAGGAGCUGCGCAGACAGCUGAGCUCGGGCGUCGGGUCAGGGUCAGGGUCAGGGUCUGGGUCAGGGUCUGGGUCAGGGUCUGGGGCAGACGCGGCUCUGGAGCUACAGGCCAUGCAGGAGGAGCUGCGUCUGGCUCUCAGGAGGGAGGCGGAGAGCCAGGAGCUGAGCAGGAGCCAGGCCGCCAGGGUGGACGCCCUCACCGCCACGCUGCACGUGAAGGACGAGAUCAUCCGGGACUUCCAGAGGCAGAUGGUGGAGCCCUCCGCUCUCCCGCUGGUUGAGCAGUUGACCCAGCAGGUUCAGGAGCUGAGGGAGAGCCUGUUCCAGCAGGACGGUCCCCCGGCCAGAGGCCCCGUCCUGGUCCGGGACUGGCCUAACGGCAGGCAGCCUGAGUUUGGAGAGCUGAGCUCUGAGGAUGAAGACGAGGCCGAUGAUGAUUUAAACAGCGAGUACACCGAGAGCGUUGAUGAAGACGAGUCCAAACUGAGGGUCCAGUCUCUGGCCAACACCAAGGGUUGUGGAGGCCCAGAAAAGGCUUCAUCCCAGGAUCAGCUGUUUGACAGGCAGGGACUGAUGGAGGUCAAACAGCUGGUGGAGCAGAAGAGGGCGGUGGAGAGAGAGCUGGGAGAGCUGAAGGCUCAGCUGGAGAAGGCCGGCUUCUCCUCACUCUCACAGAUGAGGAAAGCUCUGUUCAGCCUGCAAGCAGAGAACGGAGAUUUGAAGCAUCGGCUGGCUCAAGGGCUGCAGCCCGACGGUAAACACAGCGAAGGACAGAUGGGGUUGGACGAGGAAGACGAGGAGGAAGAGUUGGAUGUGACCAUAGAAGGGGUGGAGGAGGAUGAAGAGGAAAUCUCUGAGAUGUGGGACCCCUGGGAUGGCGAGCAGACAAACAUCCAGCCCGCCGAUGAGCAGAGAGCCGACAGACCGGAGUCACUGCACCCACUCUCCGAAUCCUCUCAGGAUGUCGUGGACAGCGAGCGUUCAGCCAGUCCGCAGCAGGGCGCCGUGUCCUCGCCGAAAAGUGGGAAGACAGUCCGUCUGCAGCAGAAGAGCAAAGAGCUGCAGGAGAGGCUGAUGGUGUCUGAGGCCACGGUGCAGGCUCAGGCCGAGCAGCUCAAAGACUACAGGGAGCUGCUCACGGAGACAGCCGUGCAGCAGGACAGUAAGCAGAUCCAGGUGGACCUGCAGGACCUGGGCUACGAGACCUGCGGCCGCAGUGAGAACGAGGCCGAGAGGGAAGACACCAGCAGCCCAGAGUUUGACGACCUGGAGAUGUGCACCUCUCUGGACUGUGGUUCCCAGUGGUGGCCUGCCAACACCAGCAGCAGCGCCACCUUAACCAAAGGAACGCCCCAGGGCUCCGGCGACGGAGACGAGAUGUCCUCUCUCCAGCGCCUGGUGGAGGACCUCCGCUCGCAGCUGUCCCGCUCCCAGGCGGUGAUCCGCGGCCUCCAGAGCCGCCUGCGCUCCCUCUCCACCUCCAGCGACUACGCCCCCUCCACCCCUCGCAAAGUCAACUGGUCCUUCCAGGCGUCGGAGGACGACGAGGGCUGGCAGUCGUCCGACGGGGGUCCACUGGCGUCGCCCCGUCACCCCCGCCCGGACAGGGGCCUGCAGGAGCUGGCGUCCCGCGUGGACGCACUGGAGGACCAGCUGAGGAAAGGAGGCAGCAAGUCCGUCGGCGAGGACGUAAAGUCUGCCACCUGGCCGGGUAAAUUCGAUACUCUAAUCCAGGCUCAGGCCCGAGAGCUGUCCCACCUGCGCCAGCGGCUGAGGGAGGGUCGGGGCGUGUGCAACAUCCUCACGCAGCACCUGGGCGACACCACCAAGGCCUUCGAGGAGCUGCUGAGGGCCAACGACAUCGACUACUACAUGGGCCAGAGCUUCAGGGAGCAGCUGGCUCAGAGCGGCGCCCUGGCGCAGCGAGUCGCCGCAAAGAUAAGCGGACGAGAUCAUCCCGAAGAUCCAGAUGAGAAAACAGAGCUGCUCGCCAUCCGGCUCAGUAAGGAGCUGCAGCAGAAGGACAAGAUCAUCGAAUCUCUCCGCUCCAAACUAAACCAGCAGCACCACCACCAUCAUCCUAAUCACCACCGCUCUGACACGCCCUGCAGCAGCCACGCCCUCUCCGACACCACCGACCAAUCGGAUCGCAUCUCCUAUGUGUCUGACGAGCACGGAUCCACCAACGGGGAGCUAGACCUAUGCUCCGACGUGGACGCUGCCAGCGAGCUCGGCCAGAAGGACGCGCGCUCUUCUACCAGAGUCAGCACAGGCAGCCACUCUCACAGUGUGAACACCAUGUCACGUCAUCCGUCUGUCCCUCCAUCCAUCUCCUCGUCCAUCCACACAGCCCAGUCCUGUCUCAGCUGUCCCAGCAUGCAUUGCCCCAGCUCGCAACACAAGCCCGCAGCAGAGAUGCCGAGUCAGACAGCCUCAGUCUUCCCCUCUACUCUCUUCCACCCUCCCCUCUCCUCCCCCUCCUCCGCCUCCCCCCGCCAGAGGGCACCUCUGCCCUUCCAUCCUCACCCCCCAACCCUGCAAACCCGUUACCCAGGCAGCGGGGGAGUGGGGUUCUCCCUGGCCGAGGUGCAUCAGGAGCUGCAGAUGUUACAAAGGCAGCUGGGAGACAACGAGAGGUUUUCCACUCCCCAGUCCAAACCUCCCCAGGGUUUCCCGUUCUCCCAGCAGCAGCCCGACUCCUCUGCCUUCCCGCCUCUCUCCUACCACGGAUACCGGCCGUCACCUUUCAGCAGCGGCCUGGACGCCGGCUCCACGUUGAAGGCCGGGGCCAGUCUGCUGGAGAGCAGUGCAUUGUGGGAUAUGAGCUACGGUAACCGGGCAGUGAGACUCGGAGCUGACCUGUCUUCGGGAUCCUCGGGGUACCAAUCAGGCACCAGCAACACAGGUUCAGACCUGAUGAAGGAGCAUCUGAGAGAGAUCAGGAGUCUGAGACAGAGACUGGAGGACUCCAUCCAGACCAACGAGCGCCUCCGACAGCAGCUGGAGGAGAGACUGGCCCGCACCGCCACUGAGAAAGGUGCUCCUACUAACAUCUACAUCCAGGGUCUGGACUCGGCCGGCCAGCUCUCCAGUGAGAUCAGACUCCUGAAGGAGGAGAACGUCAGCCUGCAGAGCCAGCUGAAGCAGGCGGCCAGAGAGAGCACCAAGGAGACGGAGCAUCUGAAGAAGGCGGAGCUAGAGGCAGAGAGGUGGGCGGAGCAAAGCAGGAAGCUGCAAACGGAGACUGAAGCUCGCAGGCUCGAGAUUACACAACUGAAACAGGACCGGCAGAAGAACCAGGAAGCCGUCAACAGACUGCAGCACGAGGUGAGCGUGGUCCAGCAGCAGCUCUGUGAGAGCCGCAGUCUGGUCCUCUCUCUUCAGUGCGAGCUGCAGGUGCAGCGCCGAGCGUGUGUAGUCGCCACAAACACGCGCGCAGCAGGUCAGGCCAGUAAAGAAGCCAAACUUGGACCCAGCGCUGCGACCUUUGACCCCAGAGAGCUGCACGUUCAGCUGGAGCAGCAGCUGAGCGGACAGGCCGACACACAGCCUCCAUCCAGGAGACAGCUCUUCAACGAAAGCGUCCCGUCCCCGCCUGUGAGAGACACUGGACUCGUCAGUCCUUCCUCUCCUCUUCAUCCUGCGCAGAAACAUGCAGCAGAAACCGGAGCAGCCUCCACCCUGCAGGGUCAAGCCCCAGACGGCUCAUUCGCCAACCGUCAUGGCGCCCAUGCAGUGGGCCACAUUGAUGACUUCAAGGCUCUGCAGCAGCAGAUCCUGCAGGGCGGCGCUCUCCUCCGCAAGAUGGAGACCGCCCUGUAUUCCCUGAGUGGCCCGCAGGAGUUCAGCCUUCAUCAGCCUUCAGACUCAGGAUCCGUCAGGAAGCUGCUGUCUGACACUAAAAGCCUGCGACAGAUACUGGAGGAGGCCGACUCGCUGCUCCGGAUGUUCUGGAGAGCAGCUCUGCCAAACUCCGAGGAAACCAAACAGGAUGCGUCUCUGAGGGAGGAGGUCGUCUCUCUCCGGCUGAGGCUCUCAGAGCAAGAGCAGGCUCUCAAGGACGCCAUGGAGAGAGUCAAGAGCUCCAACCGCACCAAAGAUAGCAUGGAGCACUUUAUAGUCAACCAACUGUCGAGAACACGGGACGUGUUGAGUAAAGCAAAGACAAACUUACAGGAGAACCAGCUCAGGAUUUCCUCCCUCCGCCGUGCCUCUUCCUCCCCCUCGUCCUCCUCUUUUCCCUCCCCCUUCUCUUCCUCACCCUUCUCUUCUUCCUCACACCCCUGGCCUGGUAAAGGUGAAAACACAGGAGGUUUCUGUGAGCUCGCCUUCUCUCCUGGUUGGGGUGUCAUGAAGCCUCGGAUUUCCUCCUCCUCCUCUUCCUCCUCCUCCUCUUCCUCUGCUGUGCCGGGACGGGCUCAGCUCCAGCGCCCCCUGCAGUCAGCCUUCCUGUAGUGCACCAUCUCAUUGUUCAAACUGAUGGAAAAUGAUGGAGAUUCUGUCUCUCUUAUUGUCUGGAGAAGCCUUUCAGUUGUGUGCUGUCUGUCUGUCAAGAGUUUGUUGUUAGAGUCCUGCAGGUUCAUGAUACUUUAUGAAUGUGAAUGGUUGUUUUAUGAUUGGCUGAGGCCAUCAACUGAAGCGUUUCCUCUCAUUUAUAUGAGACCAGACUGAGUUUGGCUGGAGUUGGUUUAUGAUUCACAACUUUGGAUUAAGCCUUUUUUUUCAUUUUCACAGAUAAAAUCUAAACUUUACAAAUAUGAAAACAGAUUUGAAACAGUUUUGGGGCUCUUAGCAACUGUUGAGUCCAGGUCUGAUGAUUCUACAUGUACUGUUUUUAAUGUGGAGCUGCUCUUAUGUGGUCUUCUUGGCACAUGAAAACAGUGACACUGGGGGUGGCUUCUAGGUCUCCAGCCCCGAAUCUUUUGGGGUUUUAAAGUAACUUCAACUUUAUGUCAUUUUACCUCAGUCUCUCUGACAGGACUGGACCGCAAAGUCAAUGGAGCAAAAGUUCUGUUACUGGGGAAAUAUCAUCUUUUGAUUCUGUGAACUCUACUAAAAAAUAUGAUUCAAGAUUAGUAAUGCCAAAUAUCAUAGCCUCCUCCUACGUACUUCCGCUCAGUUUUCAUUUUCCUUCAGUACUCCGUCUGGGUUUGCGGUAUAUUCUGUGGUUUUUUCUCCGGUAAAAUCUUUACCGGUCCAAUCC